AUGUUCACCAUCAAACAAGAGCCAAAGGAAUCAUUGAAAGACUACAUCGCUCGUUUCAAUGAAGAAGCAUUACAGGUGGAGGACUAUGACGACAAGAUGACGCUCUCUGCAGUGUUCAGUGGUCUAAAAGAGGAGAAGUUUGCCUUCUCCAUUAGGAAGAAUCCUCCGAAGACAUUAGCUGAGCUCAUCACUAGAUCUCAAAAGUAUGCUAAUGCUGAGGAAUUCUCCAAUGCCUGCAAAAAUGUUCAAACACCCAACAAAGGACCAGAUGACCGUGCUCCCCAUGAUCGUCGUCCGAACAGGAAACUAGAGGGUAAAUUCCGUUCCUACGCCCCCCUCCACACAUCCACCAAGCAGAUUCUACUGGACAUCCAAGGGCAGAAGCUUCUCAAAUGGCCUGUUUGUAUGAAGGCUGAUCCGGACCAUCGAGACAAAUGUAAGUAUUGCCGUUUCUACCAAGAUCACGGCCACAACACAGCCAACUGCGCGGACCUUAAGGAUGAGAUUGAGACCCUCAUUCGCAAGGGUCAUCUGCGCCGAUAUACCAAGGAAGAAAGAACGGCUCAGAAAGAAGAGCGAGAGCAGCCGAACAACACCCCAGAAGAGCAGGCCGAAAUCCGCACCAUCUUCGGUGGCUCGUCUGGUGGAGGAGACUCAAACCGGGCUCGAAAAGCUCACUCUCGGAAGUCUGAUCCGGAGCAUUACAUCCACAUGAUCGAGCGGCUUAGCAAGGAAAUUCGUGUCAGCCCAUGCAGUCUGACCUUCACGGAAGACGAUGCGUGA